AUGUGCUUAGCUCCCACUCCAAUCACUAUAAAAGACGUGAUCCCAAUUCCCACCCUUCACUUAAACCACUACCCACAAAUCUUUGUGGCGAUGGAGGCCCUCUAUUCAAAUAACAAAACACCCAUCUUGUUUCUAAUCAUUUUAGCCAUGUCGGCACUAGGCCAAGGUACACGAGUUGGGUUCUACCGAACCACAUGCCCAAGGGCAGAAAUCAUUGUGCAGUCUGUGGUCCAGUCUUUCGUCAACUCCAACCCCACAAUUGCACCCGGUUUAUUAAGAAUGUUCUUCCAUGAUUGCUUUGUCCGUGGCUGCGAUGCAUCUAUCUUGUUAGAUGUGUCAUAUGCUGAAAAAACUGCACCUCCUAAUUCCCGAUUGAGAGGCUUUGAAGUCAUCGAUGCAGCAAAGUCCCAACUUGAAACCAUCUGUCCUGGGGUGGUCUCCUGUGCUGACAUUCUUGCCCUCGCUGCUCGUGAUUCUGUAGUGCAAAGUGGGGGUCUCUGGUGGGAAGUGCGUACAGGUCGCAGAGAUGGAUUAGUUUCACGGGAAUGUGAUGCUACAAACUUGCCUGGUAGAAAGGACUCCAUUGAAGUUCAAAUUAAAAAGUUCGCUGAGAAAGGUCUUAACAUUCAAGAUCUAGUAACCCUUACUGGUAAGUUGAGUACAAAGAAUACUACAACAGUAUAUGGUCAUAACAUAACAAAUGGAACUGACCUACUAAUUAAAAAAUCCAUGGAUGUGUUUAUGGGUUUCCAUGAUCACCCAGGAGGGCAUACGAUUGGAACAACAGCCUGUGCAUUACUCUGUUCCAGUCUGUGUCCAGAGGGUGGCGAUGGUGCAAAGCGCGUCGACCUAGAUACAGGCAGUGUACACAAAUUUGACAUUUCAUACUAUGAAAAUCUAAAGAACGGGAGGGGAAUACUUGAAUCAGACUCACAGCUAUGGAAUGACCCACGAACGCAAAGGUUUGUGGAAUGGUUUCUUGGAGGGAGUAGACAGCAACAAUCAAAAUUCAGUGUCGAGUUCGGGAAAUCAAUGGUGAGGUUGGGUGAUGUUGGGGUGAAGACUGGGGAUAAGGGAGAGAUUCAUAGGGUUUGUAACGCAAUAAAUUGA